AUGAAGAAAGUGGUUUGUGCUAUUUCAGGAGGAGUGGAUAGUGCUGUUGCUGCUUAUCUGUUGAAAAAACAAGGUUUUCAAACCAUUGGAUUAUUCAUGAAAAAUUGGGAUUUGUUGGAUGAACAUAGUGGUUGCAGCAACCAAAAAGAUGCCCACGAUGCAGCUUUAAUUUGUCGAAAAUUAAAUAUACCAUAUGUGGAAAUGAGUUUUGCUAAAGAAUAUUGGAAUGAUGUUUUUAGUGAAUUAAUUCGCGGAUACAUCAACGGAAAAUCACCAAAUCCAGAUGUUUUAUGUAACAAACAAAUAAAGUUUGGAUAUUUUUUAAAGUACGCCGUUAAUAAUCUCGGAGCUGACGCUAUUGCUACAGGUCAUUACGCUAAAAACAGUUGGGGCCAAUUUUUGCAAAAUCAUAAUUUUGAAGCCAAACUUUUGAAAGCCAAUGAUGCAUGUAAAGAUCAAACACUUUUUCUUUCACAAAUUUCGCAAAGUUCCUUACAAAAAUCAAUGUUUCCUAUUGGUUGCUAUAAAAAAGCAUCAGUGAAACAGAUAGCUUCAGAUAUAGGAUUGGAUUUUAUUGCCAAAAAAAAAGAGAGUACUGGAAUAUGUUUUAUCGGGAAAAGAAAUUUUCAGAAAUUCAUGCUUGAAUAUUUGCCAGCUAAAAAAGGUUAUUUCAUAGAUUUUGAUGACAAUAAAAUCAUAGGCGAACAUCAUGGAGUUCAGUUUUGGACAAUCGGACAAAGAGCUUUGAUUCCUGGAAGAAAGAAACCAUAUUUUGUGGUUAAAAGAAACCCAUCUGAUCAAUCUAUUUUUGUUGUAAGAUAUUGCGUUUUAAUUUAUUUAUUUAUUUAUUCAUAA